UUGGCAGGGGCAGGCGUCGGGGCGCCCUACAGCGCCCUAGUAAUGACAAUGGGUUGCGCUGCGAUUGAUAUGACAAGUGGGUGGUGAUGCCCUAGUGCGGAACGAAAAUGAGGAGCAGCAGUUCGGAACUGCUCCUGGAAGAACAAGAGGAACUUCGAAAACGUAAGAUCCAGGAGUUGGCGACGGCGAAGAAAAAUCGCGCCGCCAGCGAGCAGUCAUGCCGCGAAAAAGCGCUCUUCUACUCGACCAGCGUGCUGGCUGUGGUCGCGAUGUCCGCGGGUUCGUCCCUCCUUUUCCUGGUGCCGCUCUACGUGGACCCUGCCAUAUCCACGCUGACAUCGAACUUCGUGACUGAGCCAGUGACCUGUGUGACCACCAAAAGGGAGGAAUUGUCCGGCCUCGCCAACUGCACCUGGAGUUCGUGUCGCGAAGGGUGCACCAGUGAUGCAUACCAUUGCACCCAUAUCUACGUCAGCUAUAACGAUUCGAGUGCGAAUCCGAACCAAACGGACGAUGCUAUAUUGCUGGUGAAUAUAAAGGGCUGCGGGUACCCGCCAUCAGUACUGUGCGCCAAUUUCACCGAAGCAUACGGCAACGAAGGUACUGAAUUCCCGUGCUACCAUUCCCAGGAGAACCGCACCGUCGUGCUGACCCACUACGAGCGCGACGAGCAAGUGGCAAUAAUCAUACAUUUCUUCGCGGUACCCUUCAUCAUCACACUGGCCACCUCCGUGGCCCUCUGCGUUAUGCACUGUGAUUGCCGCUGCCAUCCGACCGGCCGCCACAAAAGAUCCAGGAGACCGCGGCUACAAGACCUCAGCGAUGGUUCCAUCAGCACCGGAGUUGACCUGCACCACACACACAGCCACCAUUCUGAUCUCAUUGCAAUUAGGCCAAUGUAAAACUACUAAUUAAUCACUACUAAUAUCAAAACGAAAACCUAUCCUACAACUUCCCAGACUACCUAAGUUAAUUCCCCUCUUCUCGUUUCCUUCGCUUCAUCCCACAUUUCGUAUCAAAAUUAUCACCGAUGUAUUUUUGUAUAUGUAAGGCCUAUUUACUCAACAAACACAACUAGCAUACGUGUUUCCAGUUGAGUAAAUUGUGCUCCGAGCCCAGUAAACGCUUAAAACUUAAUCCAGAAUUAUAUAAUCUGUAAGUACAUAUAUACAAAUCAGUUGCGUUCGCUGGGGACUGUUUAGAAACUAUGAUAUAUAUACAUAGAUAUACACAAACAUAUAUAUGUAUAUAUUCAUGACCCUCCGAUCCUUUAAAGAACCACCACCACCACCCUUCUGAUUUUUCUUAGCAUUUCCACUUAAUUCUUCUUUGCAAGGACAGACAUACAAGAUAAACCGACAUAAGUAGCGUUAGGCAGAAAGCGAAAGUUUAUUGCAUCUCGUAACACAUUUACCGAAGACGUCGAAUUACAAAAACAAAAUAAUUGAGCAGACACAACCAAUGAUGGAAUUGAAAUCGUUACUUAAAGAAGCAAAAAGAAAAAUAAUGAUGAACAUGGACUUAAUUUUUAUACAAAUAUUAUCAGGGUAUCGUUUUUACACCGAAACGGAGAGAUGCAAUAAAUUCUGGUAAAUGUCUUGUAGCAUUUACAAACAAAAGUAAAGAAAGAAAAAAACUACAAAAUAAAAAUUGUAAAGGCUCUUUUAUACGUGGUACAGGCAUUCAAAUUCAUUUAUUUUUUAUUAUUGUAUAC